AUGGAGUUGACGGAAAAUUCGCUGAGUUUUUUCACUUUAAAUCACACAAAGCAUGAUUCUCAAUGGAGAAUGACAGGAAGAGACGUUACUUUAGUCUGCGUAGCGUGUCUAGUGGAGAUUUUGGAGAGUCCAAAUGUCCUUCAUCUUCGCAAACGCAAGGCUCUUCAGGAGAUUGUUUUUCUCCUCUCGAACAAUCAAAAUCUCUUGGAGCUUCUCUGUCGAAAUACGCGGAUUGUUUCGCACCUUUGCAACACAGUAAUGGAUAUGUUGUCAUUAGAGAACGAGCUUCUGAUGAGCACAGCAGCUGAAGCACUCGAUAUUAUCACAGUUAAGUUGCGAUCUGAAAAACUUGUGGAGAAAGUUAUGGAAACGUUAGAGAACCAAGUAUUACGGUUAAACAAUUUCAAGAAAUCCUAUCCUUUCGUUCUUGCCUUAGGGCGACUUUUUAAAUCUAUCCCGGAUUUGUGUCAAGUAUUCGCUAAGAAUUCGUCUUCUUUGCUGGAAUAUUUGAUUUCUAACAUUGUGUUUCCUGAAGAGUCCAUUAAAGUUGCGUUUCUAUUCGUACUUGCACAAGUGUGCUCCAACGAAGAAGCGCUGAAGGAGUUAAAUUUUCAAAUCAGAGAGAAAAUAUACCGACAGACAUGCGCCGUUAUCAACUGUUCUGUUAGUCUCGAUACUCAAGUUAACGCCCUUGGGGUCCUGAAAUUGUUUGCUACACAGCCAGAUGUGAUAAUCUCCGUUUUGAAACUGCCAAUCGAGGGUAAAUGCGAUGAACUUGAAAGUUUAAAGAAGUUGAUGCUGUCACAAAACGAGGCAAUCCAGACCGGAGCUAUACAAUUCAUCACUCAAAUUUUACGAAAUGAUCGUGAAGAAAAGUACUUUACCGGGGCCAUUCUAAGAUCUGGAAUAGGAGAGAUGCUUCUUGAAGACUUGGAAUGUUCAAAUGACAUGAUUGUGGCCUCCGUGUUCUGUUGUUUGGAUCACAUAGUGAGAGCUGAGGUCUUCUUCACUGAAGGCUACUCUGUUUAUGGUAUCGAGUCAGUAAUCAUCGGCGUAUCAAAAGCCAUCAAGUUCAAGAAUCCUGAAAUAAUCAAGCAAGCAAUUCGUGUGCUUUCCCUAAUUUUAUCUUUGCAAUCGUCUAACGUUCAACUUUUUCCAAACGAGGAGCUUUAUAGGAAAUGCGCUGAUGUCCUGCACCAAAGCUUAAAGUCUGCAGACCACAGGGUAACUACUCAGGCUGCAAGUGCAGUGGUGCCAUUUCUAAACAUCAAUCAUUUUCCUUCACUGAUGUCGUUUGAUGCUGUUGUUCCUCUUGUGCUGACUGUGAUUUCCCAAGUGGAAAAAUUCAUGAAGCCAAGGGAACAUUUUCGAAAUAUUCCUAAAGGAGCAUUUGAAGCACUUCUGGGUGCUUUGUGGGAGGUUAUCAAGAAGGCUUUACAGUUUGUGCAAGAGUUCCGGACAGGAAAACCGUCGUACGCAACCCUGCUGACAAGAAAUGAAUCAACAAUUGCAAAUGAGAAUGAAAGACUUGAGCAGUUUCUAGAUUCUUUGUGGAAAGCUAUCGAUCAGACAUGUGUACCGGCCUUGAUGCUGAACUACGAAUCCAUUGAAUGUCCGGCAGUGUUUGAAAACUUUUUUGAGAUUCUCUCUCUCUCGGUGUCUUCACUGAAUACUUACAGGGACGUUUUUGCAAAGAAGCUAGCAUCAAGUUCUUUUGUGCGACUGUCCUUAGAGAUCAGAGACAAGUUUUGUAGAAGUCCAGGAAUCAAAGAGCUGAAAGAUGUGUCAGCACAUUUCUUGACAGACCUGUGCCUUGCACUUGCUGAUUGUUGCGAUACCACUCAGCUAAAGGAAGUGAUCCAGAUAAGCAAUAUUGCUGGUAUCCAUUCAUUGAAUACUUGCCUAAACUUGCUUACACAAUGCUCAGUAAGACAGUCUGCCACUACAGAGAUCACAGACAUCUUUCUCUUCAAUUCCCAGUGCGCUUGUAUUGAACUGAUAUAUGUGGCAUUAGCUCAUGGCGAUAAGAUGGUCUCCACUGGAAACCUCGCGACUAGCUUGCACAAGUACAUAAUGCUGCUUUCUGAUGUCAGCAUUCUGCCUCGUGUCACACAGAAACACUUGCUGUAUCUCUGGAUUGCAUCCUACAGCAGGCUGAGUACACUGACACUGUCAGCUAACGUCAUGGAGAGCAUGGAGGUUGCUCAAAAGAUUAUAGAGCAGCAUUUGAUGAAUUUGACACCAAACGAAUUUGAGUCAAUCCACAUUCAUGAAGUUCUCUUUCUUUCCUGGAUAUUUUCUCGAGAACCUUUAGCGCGUGCUUUGGGGCGACAGGCUUUGAUUUUUUUUCUCACAAACGAAGAAACAAAGAAUUGUUCCACAGACGAGGAACUCCAGCAACUUUUAACCACAAACGAUCGGUGUUUUCAAGCGUUUGUCUCACUUGUAGAUCAUGACAUGGAGGCCAUUGUUAGUCGAGUGGGGAUCAUUGUAGAAGCCCUGAUGUCUGAAAAGUCAAAGUCUAGCCCAACCAAGUUAAGUGCACCCCACCUAAAUUCAAAAGCAAUCCAAUUGACAAGCAUUUUCCACAAGAUUUUUUUAAGCCAUAAGUACCACCCCCUUAAGGACCAUUGUAUUUUUGCCAUGCUGAAAGUGAUGACAGCAGUACAGAUGCAUAUCAAUCUGGCAUUUGACGUCAAAUUUUUGUAUCAUGUCAUUAAUUUGUUGACUUCUUCAGACGAUGGUCAAAGAUUUGCAGUUUGUGCCAUAAACUACCUGAAUGUCUUGCUGGCUUGGGACAUGAACAGAGAAAAUCACCGAGUGGCGGCGGUGCUACUAUCCAACAAGCCUUUCUACAGCUUUGUUGAACACAUUGUGAAUGCCAAAUUGGUAAACUCACCCCAACCGCGAAGGGACUCUGUCAAAGACGUCAAAUUACUCGCUAGUACUUUGGUUCUCAUUUCAUCCCUCGCGGUCUCCCAGACACUGCCUCAGCAAAGUGCUCGGCAUGUGUUCAUACUCGGCAAAAAAUGUAUGAUCAGUCUAGCCAAUGAAGGGCAAAACAUUUUGCGUCUUUCCGCUGUUGUUUUCUGGGAUGCCCUCUUCAAAACUUCAAGGGAAUUAGAGAACCCCGUUUUGGUAUUAACAAAUGGUAACGAACCCUCUCUCGUAAAACUGUCGGAGGAAGACCACCUCGUUCUGCUUGUUUAUCUGCAGAAUUCUUUGAUCCAUGACAGUGAGACUGUAAGACAGUGCGCAGUUAAGUGCUUGACAAGCUUUCUUAGCUAUGUGCCAAAUGCCUCAGACUUCGCAUGCAAUCCUUGGAACAGAAUCGUUUUUGAAUCACAAUUGUGCGUACUCAGCGUCAAUGUCCUAACACCGAGCUUGCUGCUGUUUUGUUUACUCGUAUUGCAGUAUGCACCAAGCAAGAAUUUCCUAGACGAUGUCCUUCAAGAUGCAGUGAAAUCCAUUCUCUGCAAAAUCCCUAGCAUUCCAUGUUCAGACCAAGACCAGUCGUGGCACUGUGUGAAAUUUCUGGCACAGGUUUUGAGUGACAAAGACAUAGUCACGUCAGAAAACCAAAAAUGUGCCCUCUUAAACUGGCUGACAGCUCUCAAGGAAACAGUGAUGGGAAACGAGAAACGAAGUAGCUCAAACGAACCCCUUAGUACAGAGACGGAGCACAGUGACGAAAGAGAAGUCAGAUUUUACAAGAUAGAUGAUGUGAUUUUCUCCAAGGCAUUGCUUAAACCACCAGCUGUGUUGGAUAAUGACCUGUUGAAAGAAGUCUUCCUUCUCCUUAAUAGUAAAGGCAACGAAAAAGAUGAUACAACCAAUUAGCCUCUUGCGUGAAUUUUAAAGGAGAGUCUCCAUGGCAAGAUAACGUCAUGUUUAGCGAAACCUUGACAAAACUAGGCGAGUUCUCACAGUACAGAAAGGUUGUCUGAAAAUCAUCGUGUUACGGAAGGGAAAAAUUCAGCUAACUUAUCACAGCAAGUGCCGUGAGAACAUCGUCUUCAUCAGGGAGUUGAGGACUUCCCCGAAAAGUCACAACAGGAAAACAGCAUUAUCAAUCCUAGCCUGCAAAUACAGCUGCUUCGAACUAUUUUAACUUUUUUGAUGAAUGAAAGGCACAAAAUUUACACCUUUUUUGAGUUGAUUUCAUAAGCCAAUCACGGAAAUGAUUUCCUGCUUCUUUGAAAGUUGACCACAUCUUCACCCUCUAACUCGACUGAAAGUCACAAUUCAUGUGAAAGGGGUUCCUUUGAACAGUGAUAUUUCUUACUAAAGAACAGUGAUAUUUCUUACUAAAGAUAUUUUCAAUUGUGUCGAAAGUAAUCCCGGAUUGCAUUGGUUUUGGUUUCCCUUACUUUGUGAUUGGUCUAGAAAA